AUGUCCGAAAUUGUUAACCAACAUGAGGUCAAUCAAAGUUAUUGGUUUAAAUGGAAUGAUUAUCAAAAUCAUCUUUCCGAUGUAGUUAGACAACUCCUAGAGGAAGAUUGUAUGGUGGACGUUACCCUAGCUGCUGCUGGGGAACGUAUUCAUGCUCAUCGUAUAGUUCUUUGUGCUUGUAGCACUUUAUUUCGAGAAAUAUUGAGUCAAGUUAAUGAAGAUCAUUCAACAAUAAUAUUAAGUGACAUAUCUGCUCAAGACAUAAAAUCUAUCAUAGAAUUUACUUACCAUGGAGAAGUAAGAGUUCCAGUUGAAAAUAUUAGUAGUUUAUUAGAUGCAGCACGUUCAUUAAAAAUCUGUGGUCUUAUCGAAAUUGAUGGGCUUGAAGAAACUGAUUCUGUUAUAAGCAAUAAAGAUUUUAAUGAUAAUAAUGAAGAACCAAUGACUGUGAUUAGUGAGACAGAGGAAAAUGUUAUUAAUGCAUUACAACAUAAUUAUGAAGAUUUAGAAGAUCAACAAAAAGAUGAGGUUAUUGAAAAUUCUUCCUUAAUUAAAAAAAAGAAACGCAGACGUGAUACAACAAAAAGGGAUUAUAGUGAUGAUAUGUUAGCAUCAGCAAUUAAUGAUUUAAAAGCAGGCCAAACAUUAAUAGAAGCUUCUACUAAACAUAACAUACCACGUUCAACUUUGUAUAUGCGUGCUAAAGCAUUAGGUAUACAUUUAAAUGCAUCAAGAAAUGAAUAUCCAGCAGAAUGUAUGAAAGCUGCUAUAAAUGCGGUAAUUGCUGGGUCAAGUUUGCAGCAUGCAUCAGAAAUGUUCAGUAUACCGAAGACUGUAUUAUGGAGAAGAAUUCAAAAAGAAGGAUAUCAGAUACUACGUUCAGAAAUGAAAAGAUCUUAUGGAUCUGAUAAACGGGAAGCUGCUGUUAAAGCUUUGGAAAGAGGAGAGAAUUUAACAAAAGUUGCACUUGAAUUUAAAAUACCGAAGACUACUCUAUUUAGAGAUAAAGCUCGAUUAGUAGAUGAAGGGAAAUUACCAUUGUCAUUUUGGAAGAAACGUAAAACAGAAAAUGAAGAAUUAAAAAAGUCGCGUUUGGAGGAAGCUGUUGCUGCUUGUAAAGGAGGAAAAAUGUCGCAAGCAGCGGCAUCGAUGACUUAUCAUAUUCCAAAGACAACAAUAUGGAGACGUCUUCAACAAGAUGGUAAAAAAUCAGAGAGGUUAUUAAGUUCAAGAAAACAAAGGAUAAUGGAUUCUAAACAUAAUACAGAAACAAAGGUACAAGAAGGAUCAGAUUUUACUUAUUGCGAGGUUUCCUCAGAAAUUCCUAUAACUUAUAUAGAUGAAAAUAGUAUACCUGAAGAUUCUGUGAUAAUAUUAACAGCAGAAGAUAUGGAUGGACUUAAUUUAGAAGAAGGACGACAAAUUAUCGUUAAUUCAGAAUCAGGACAAGAAUAUGUUCCUUGUGCUAUAAGUAUUGAAGAAAACUCAAAUUAUUCACAAACAGAAAGUUAG